AUGGGCCCUCUACGACUCCGCAUUGAGGGACGAACUUUCAAGGACUCGCACAAUAGAGAGAUUACACUAAGAGGAAUAAACGUGGCUGGGGAAUGCAAAUAUCCUAAGAACCCUGAUACACCGUCCUACGUUUCUGAUAAUUUCUUUGACGCCGAUAACGUUUCCUUCGUCGGUCGCCCUUUUUCACUUGACGACGCUCAUACACACUUUGCUAGGCUACGCAAAUGGGGUUACAAUACUCUGCGAUACAUCUUCACUUGGGAAGCGAUUGAACAUGAGGGGCCCGGAAAGUACGAUGAUGAAUGGAUAGCAUUCACUAUUGAAGUCCUGCGUAUCGCCAAGCAAUACCAAUUCUAUGUCUUUUUGGAUCCUCACCAAGAUGUGUGGUCUAGACUAUCGGGAGGCUCCGGUGCGCCAGCCUGGACACUCUACGCAGCAGGCUUAAACCCCCGGACGUUCAAGAAGACCGAAGCUGCCCUUGUUCAGAAUACUUAUGAUAUUCCGGCUGAAUUUCCUAAAAUGAUUUGGAGUACGAAUUAUACCCGUCUUGUCUGUCAAACAAUGUUUACACUGUUUUGGGGAGGUCGGGAUUUCGCUCCGAAGGCGAUAAUCAACGGCAUGAACAUACAGGACUAUCUGCAAGGGCACUUCAUUGCAGCGUGUCGAUAUUUCGCCCAGAAGAUUCAUGAAGCUGGCGACAUUGAGAAUGACGUCGUUAUCGGGUGGGAGAGCAUGAAUGAGCCUCAUCGCGGACUCAUUGGAGUACAGGACAUAUCCGUGAUCCCACCGGAGCAACAGCUUCAGCUCGGCACAUCGCCCACCGCUUUCCAAGCCAUGCUUACUGGUUCGGGACGAGCGUGCGAGCAAACAACCUGGAAUUUCGGCAGCUUUGGCCCUCACCAGACCGGCAGAGAACUUGUAGACCCUGAGGGUGAAUCUGCAUGGCUGCCAGCUGAUUAUGACGAUCAGAAAUACGGCUGGAAGCGCGAUCCCGAUUGGAAAUUAGGCAAGUGUCUUUGGGCUCAACAUGGAGUUUGGGAUCCGUCAACGGACCAACUUCUCCGGAAAGAUUACUUUUCAAAAGUGCCACAGACUGGAGAACCCCUGAACUAUGAUAGGUUCACCAAUACGUAUUUUAUGGAACAUUACAGGGCUUACAGGGAUGCCCUCCGAAGCGUCUGGCCGGGGGCCAUCAUGUUGUGCCAACCGCCGGUUAUGGAAAUCCCCCCAGACUUGAAGGGAACAGCCGAUGAUGAUCCUAACAUGGUCCAUGCGGUACAUUAUUACGAUGGACUGACACUUCUGACGAAACAUUGGAACCGGCUAUACAACGUGGACGUGAUCGGUGUUCUUCGAGGAAAGUAUCUCACUCCGGCAUUUGCCGUCAAGAUCGGAGAGACAGCCAUUCGAAAUUGCCUGCGAGAUCAGCUCAAAUUCCUCCGGGAUGAAAGUCUGACGUACAUGGGGGAUCAUCCGCUGAUUUUCACAGAGAUUGGUAUUCCCUAUGACAUGGACGACAAACAUGCCUACAGAACCGGUGAUUAUAGCAGCCAAGUCAGUGCGAUGGAUGCGAACCACUUCGCUCUAGAAGGAAGCACAGGCAAUGGUUUCACGCUGUGGCUCUACACCACCACGAACAACCACGAGUGGGGCGAUAACUGGAACGGCGAAGAUCUGUCAAUCUACUCCCUCGAUGAUCUGGAGCUGCCAAGUGGGAAGCUUCUAGCACUGGAGGGCGAGUCCCGAACGGACCCCGACCCUCAUUCUCCCGCCUACUCGGAAAGUCAAGGCAAUCCAGAGCAUCAUCAGGUUAGACCCGAUAAUCUGAAGGACGCGCUGGCCACACCGUCCAUUACGUCAGAAUACACCCAAUCCAAUGCAGACAAACUGGGCUUUCGAGCUGGAGAGGCAUUCAUCCGACCCAGCCCGAUCUAUACCUAUGGAGAUGUCUCGAAGUAUCUUUUUGACCUUCGCAACUGCACGUUCACCCUAUCGCUGGUCGGCAGUAAGAGGAUCCUGGGAGAUGAGGUGGCCACGGAGAUCUACUUGCCCGAAUUCCAUUUCCCUGAUACCCAAACCGUGGUCUCGGUCAGUAGUGGAGAAUGGAGGAUCGAUUACACAGAGAUCAACUCGAUCAAGGUGCAGCGGCUCCGCUGGUGGCAUAUGGAAGGGGAGCAGGAUAUUAAGAUCCAAGGUGUGAAGCGGAAACCCGGCGACCUGAGCAGUGUGUCGGCGGAUGAUCUGAGCUAUCUCGAGCAGUGCCAGAAAGGUGGAUGCACGGUGAUGUAG